AUGAGUGAAAUGAAAAGCAGAAUCAAAGAUGAUGCAGAGACUUUGGAGAAGAAUACGGAUAAAGGACUGACAGAGGUUGAAAUGGUAGAGUUGGAGGGAACAAAUGGUGAAAUGGAAAAGUCCUUCACAGAGGUGUUUGGAGGAUUGAAACAGCCAAAUGGAAGAGUUGUGAUUUUGGAGGAGUGGAAUGAAGUCAUGGAUGGAAAGAUGGAGAAACAUCUGGAUCUGGCACUGAUAGAGCUGAGAGAGAAAAGGCUUUGUGUACAACUUGGAGUGAACUCAGAGGAAAGAGCUAUCAAAUUUCUGGCACUCCUCUUGGAAAAAGAAUGGAAGAAAUGCAAAUGA